ACCUGGACCCUAACUUUGCAGAUCUGAUGGAUUUAAAGAGGGUGCUGUCCUUCCCUCCAUAUCCAGGGGAUUAUUUGCACCCAGUGGUGUACGCCUGCACUGCGGUGAUGUUGCUUUGCCUGCUGAUUUCUAUCAUGACAUACAUCGUACACCACAGCAUAAUCCGAAUCAGCAGGAAAGGUUGGCAUAUGCUCUUAAACUUCCUCUUCCACACUGCCGUGACGUUUGGAGUGUUUGCAGGAGGCAUCAACCAGAUCAAGUACCCCGUAAUCUGUCAAGUGGUUGGCAUUAUCUUGCACUACUCCUCCCUCUCUAGCAUGCUUUGGCUACUGUUCACUGCCAGAAAUAUCUGUAAAGAGGUUUCAAAGGUUCCGCCCAUACCUCAGGACAGGGACCCGCGCACACAACCACGCUCCAAAGCUACUAUUUUCAGGUUUUAUCUCGUCAGUGGUGGGAUUCCCCUUAUCAUUGUGGGAGUUACGACUGCUGUUAGCUUGGACAACUAUGGUAGCAGAGAUAAUGCCCCUUAUUGCUGGAUGGCCUGGGAGCCCAGCCUCGGAGGCUUCUACGGUCCAAUCGCCUUUUUGGUCUUGGUUAUGUGCAUUUACUUUCUCUGCACAUUUGUGCAGCUAAAGCGGCACCCGGAGCGUAAAUACGAGCUGAAGGCGAUGACAGAAGAACAGCAACGCCUUGCUGUAGCUGAAAUCGGACACUGUCAUGCAGUCAGCGGAGAGCCGGGCGAGCACGGUGACCAUACGGGCUGCACAGCCAUCACUGCCUCCAUGCUGGCCAACGAGCACUCUUUCAAAGCUCAGUUAAGGGCUACCGCCUUCACACUUUUCCUCUUCCUGGCCACCUGGGUUUUCGGGGCACUGGCCGUAUCACAGGGACAUUUUCUCGACAUGAUCUUCAGCUGUCUGUACGGAGCAUUUUCCGUCACACUGGGGCUUUUUUUGCUCAUUCAGCACUGCGCCAAACGUGAUGAUGUCUGGCAUCGGUGGUGGGCCUGUUGCCCCAAUAAACCAAAGGUGGAGGUAAAUGGGGAAGCAACAGGAAACGCUGGCCAACCCUCCCAAAGUCACAGCCAUACACCAUCCCACGGCCAGAACCAAAUCCACUGCCAAGCAGACUUAUCCUGCCCAGGUAAACCUCUGCUCUCCCCACACCUCCACUCCCCAUCCCUGCACUGUAAAUUGGGUACACUUCCCUCCACCCAGAACCAUACGAGCACCUGCUGCGCCACCUUGCACAGUCCCUCCCCCCUGCUUGGAAACUCCCGUCCACACUCCCUCCCUGACGAACUGCCCCGCCCCACCCUUCCCCUGCAAAGCUGCCUAAAGGACAGGUCAAAGACACGCUCCUUCAACCGACCUCGCCCCUGCCUCAGGGACUACUCGUGCCACUUGACCUCCACCAGCAUGGAUGGCAGCAUGCAUAGCUCCCACCUAGACAGCCCUCACAGCGUCCACCUGGACAACCCUCUCACCUGCCACACCUCACACUUGGAUACUCAACUGUCUUGUCACAGCUCCCACCCCGACAACCAGUUGCGCUGUCCCAGCCCGAGUCCCCACCUCGAGAGUCUCUCCUGCCAUAGCACACACUUAGACAGUCAGUUCUCCUGCCUCGAAGGACACACCUGCCACAGACACAUGAGCUGUCUCAAAGCAGACCCAUUCUCAAGCAUAUGCUGCCCCAAAGUUGACCCCUUUGUCAGUCCCUGCCAGUCAGAGGAUCCUGACACAGGUCCGCUGUUGUACAAUUGUGCCAAGAUGGCUGAUAAAGAGGAUGUUAUGCUGCACUUGGAUAUGACCCCUCCACGGGCAUCUGUGUCCCAGGCCACGCUCACCCGGAAAGGCACCCUCAGCCGGAGAGGGACAUUGAGCCGAAACAACAGCCAACAUGAGGACUACCUGCUUACCUCUGAUUCCACAGGUAACAUUAGGACUGGACCUUGGAAAAAUGAGACCACUGUGUAGUGCUGUUUCUUGCCUGAGCUAAACUACUGUGUAGUCCCAGGGCUGUUACCCAGAAGCCCUUUCUCCUCUGAGCUAAGCUACUGUGUAGUCCCUCUGUUGUGAACCUCUUCCUUCACCAUCUUUAUCUCAUCUGUCACUAUACCUUCUCUUCCCCUUUAAGGAGGCAUUAAAACCUCUACUUACCUGUUCUCAGAUUUCAUCUCGACUUCAUUCGGUUCGUCUAAAGUUUUUCGUAUUUGUCAUUUUGAAAUGGCAGCAAACAACACGUGCCAUGCUUUUCAUUUUACAGACCAUCUUUUAUAAUCAAACAGAUUUUUGACGUGUUUUGGGUACGGUUACAUAAUGUUCAAUUGUGUCAUUGUGGAUGUAUGUAUUUAAUGUGGGUGAGAGAGAAAAGAGCACAUGUGUUUAUGUUUGUAUGUGUCGACACGCUUGCGUGUAUAUACCAUAUCACAAGAUUUACAUUUGCAUAAAGCGAUUCCUCUCUUUUAGAGAAAAUCUUCCACAUUUCUGGUUUGAAUUUUAGUAAAAAUUUGUCUGAGUGGGGGAAACACCAGCAUUUUCACUAUUAAACCAUGAACUACCACUAAGGACAUAUGUAGCAACUCCUAAAGUAAUAAUUGCACAUAACAUCAUAAGUAUUACAUUAUUAUUGUAAUAAAAUGUUCAUAGUGUAAUAAUUUUUAUUACAUAAUGAGAAAUGUAUUACAUUAAAAACUCACCAAAAUUUUGUCAUAACUGUAAUAAUUGUAAGUUGUAAUCAUUUAUGCAAAGCAUCACACUUAUACAUCGUAAACAUGGGGGUGGGCUUGUUUUACUAAGCAUAAACAUUGUUAGAUGCAAAAUUUCUCCAUAGCAACCAAACAGAAUACCCUAGCAACCGUUUAGCAAGACAUAUAUCUCAGAAGAAACAUAUUGGUGGUCUUGUUUGCUUCGUAGCUCGGACUGUAAUCAUUGGUGGAUGCCAAUUCACUCCCUAGCAACCACCCCGGGAACCCUUGCAAUAGUGUAGCAAUACCUAGCAACUGCAUAGCAACAGCCUAGGAACCACCUUGUGUACCCUCGCAAUAGCAUAGCAACACACUAGCAACCGGAUAGCAACACCUAGCAACCACCCCUGAAACCCUAGCAACAGCAUAGCAACACACUAGCAACCACCUAGCAACUGCAUAGCAACAGCCUAGGAAUCACCUUAGGUACCCUAGUAACACCUAGCAACACACUAGCAACCACCUAGCAACUGCAUAGAAACAGCCUAGAAAUCACCUGGGUUACCCUAGCAACCACGUAGCAACAGUCUAGCACCCACCACAGGGUACCAUCGAAACUGCAUAGUUACCAAACAGAAUACCCUACCUAGCAGGACCUAUAUCUCUGAAUCAGAACAUGUGUAUGCACUCUUUUGACUUAUGUUAGCAAACACAACGUCGCGAGUUUUGCCACGGCAAGCACCACUUCACAUUUUCUUUAGAAAAUGGUACAUUACUUGUUGUAUAUAAAUUAGGCAAGUACUAAAUAUUUUAUUUCCCAUACCACAGAAAGACAUGUGAAAACGGGGAUUAAAAAUAAAUUGAUAAGAAAAUAAACCUGCAAAAUUAAAAGGUGAGACUGUGAGGAUUUGGAGAAAAAACUAUAAGUAUUAUUAAGUUGGUAAAAAUUCGUGACCAACCGGCAAAACAGAACACAAAGUCACUUGUGGCUUUAAAUGUAUGGGCUUGAAUGGCAUGAAUCCAUCAGUAUGGUCACAAUGUAACAUUUGUUUAUUUAUAUUGAUUUUUUUAUAUAUUUUUAACGUUGUUUUUUGCUAGUAUUACCUUAUCAACUGCAAAUACAUUAUAGGGUCUACAGUGUUUUCAUAAUUUAAUACAUUUCUCAUACCUAUUACAUUAUGUGAAAAACUGUUAUAACAUUAUGAGUUCAAAAUUGUAUUAAGUUUUGAGAAAAUUAUUACAUAUGAACAUUUAAUUACAAUAAUAAUGUAAUUCUUGUUACAUUAUGUGCAGUUAUUACAUUAAGUGUUGCUACAACGUUGAAUUUACAUUUAACGGAUUUGUCAGACGCUUUUAUUCAAAGCGACUCGCAAUGCAUUUUUAUUCAUAGGUGUGUUCCCUGGGCAUCGAACCCAUAAUGUUUGCGCUGUUAAUGCAAUGUGCUACUAUUUGAGCUACAGGAAUACUAAUUAGGUGAAGGUGGCUUUUUUAUUUCAGGUAUUGUGAUUGAAUCAAAACAAAACCUUUAAUAUUGACAUCUACCCCAAAGUACCAGGUACAAUGUGUUGUGGUUGUCACAACCGAGUGGUCGUUUUUUCAUCUACAGACAUAAAAAAGCAAACAGAUAUCCGUCCUUGUGUUUCCAUGGCGACAAAUCGUGAAAAGUGGUGUCCAGCCAAAAUGUGUUUUGAACUGCAGAUAUGAUGUAUGCACAUAGCCUAUUUGGUUACUGACAAUAAGGUGCCAAUCAGUAUCAGUAAAUGGCCUUAUACAGAAAUCAUCAGUUAUGCAUGAAAAACUUCUUCGCUCCUUGGAAACACUCCGGUUUCUAGUGACCUCACUUGUCAUUGCUCAUUAUAUUUAUUCUAAGCCAAUUAACAAGAGCUUUACUUUUCAUAUUUGAAUAAAUGAGACAGUUUCUCAUUAAGAAUUUAUACGUACAGUAUGUUGUCACUGUGCUAACUUCACACAAAAAUAAGUUUGAAGCUUUGAAAAUUCGUGUUGUCUAAACCGCAAGCUUAUCUAACUGUGAAACUACCAGUGAAUAAAUGAUGGCAAACACGUGAUUUAUUAUUAUUUCUGUGCUCAUUUAUGGUUAAAGAUUGUAAAGGUUGUAUUAUUUUGUUUCAUAAAGCGUGCCAUUGAGUUAUAAUGCCAACAGAAGAAAAUACUGGAGUGGAAAAUUCUUUGUGUUGUGUUUCUUUGUGACCUCAGGGAUUGUGUUGCAUUUUCACUAAUAAAACCACACAAUAAAUUAAUUUGCAUGCAAUUGAUAUAUCCCAAAGUGAUUCACCAAAUUAAAGCAAGAACUUUGAUUAAACAAGCCCAUGCAUUCUGCAGGUGUGUAGCACAUGGAUGAUGUUAAGCUCUCCAUUAAAGCCCUGACAAUUCAA